AUGUUCGGACACUGGACGCCGUGUUGUGGUUGCUGGUUUCCGUUCUGGUGUGUGGGUUUCUCUGAUUUUGAAAUCAGGAAGAACAGCUUAACCCCUAAAGUCCCAGAUCCUGACCCCCACUGUGAGCCGGACUCUAAAGAUCCAGAGUCUAAGAACCCGGACUCUGAGACUUCAGACUCCAAGGAUCCGGACUCUGAGGCUCGACAAACAUCUCUGUCCAUUUCACAGAAGCCCAGCCCCGACAUCCUGCAGGAGGAGGUGAAGGCGCAGGAGGAGGAGGUGAAGGCGCAGGAGGAGGAGGUGAAGGCGCAGGAGGAGGAGGUGAAGGCGCAGGAGGAGGAGGUGAAGGCGCAGGAGGAGGAGGUGAAGGCGCAGGAGGAGGAGGUGAAGGCGCAGGAGGAGGAGGUGAGGGCGCAGGAGGAGGAGGUGAAGGCGCAGGAGGAGGAGGUGAAGGCGCAGGAGGAGGAGGUGAGGGCGCAGGAGGAGGAGGUGAAGGCGCAGGAGGAGGAGGUGAAGGCGCAGGAGGAGGAGGUGAAGGCGCAGGAGGAGGAGGUGAAGGCGCAGGAGGAGGAGCUCCCGUCGUGUCCCGCUCUGGCUGCGACCCUGGGGCUGCGGGGCGUCGGGGCUAACCACUCAGCCGCUCAGGUUUCCUCAGACCAGUGUCACCUGGACUCGGACUAA